UUUAUUAGAAACAAAACAUCUUUUAUAGAAUACAAACAGAACUCAGUUUGGUAAAAUCAGAGAAUAUGUGGAGAAUAAUAGUUAUUGGCAUAAUGCUCGGAGUCAGUUUAAUAUCUGGUGAACCGGAACCGAAAGCACUUCCGGAAGAGAAUAGUUAUGGGUCGGCUAAAUAUGAAUAUUCAUCUGCAGACGGAAGUGGAUACUACGACGGAAGUGGUUAUUAUGAUGGAAGUGGGAGCACUGCAGGAAGUGGGAGCACAGAUGAAAGUGGUGACACACAUGGAAGUGAUUAUAAUGACGGAAGUGAUGUCAACUACUACGGAAGUGCUUAUUAUGAUGAAAGUGGAAACUCUGAUGGCACAGGCAAACUUGACAAGAUUAUUCAGAUGUUGGUGAUGUUAGAACAGUUCCACAUGAGACUACAACAAUUAACCCAGAAGCAAGAAAGUUUAUAAAAGAUGUGGAGAAAACUGGAUUCGUGGAGUGGGUCCUACGACAAAGUCCAAUAUAGAACAGAAAAUAUAAAAAGUAGAAUAAUAUUUACAAUAAAAUUAAAUAUUUUCUUUUUCAA